AUGCAGCGACAAGAAUAUGAUACAACAUACUAUACCUCGGACGAGCGAUAUGAAACCCGGCAGCACCUAGACAAUGACCCUCCCGUGCUUUAUCAGGAGCCCAUAUCUACUGUCGCAUCGAAAAAUGCACCAGGUACAUCCCGCAACCCAGCGGCUACAGAAAAGCUGCGCCUUGAACUUGUCAAGCUACUCAAAGUUGCGAUUCAGCGCCUCAAGAACCGCCCCUACCCACCUUCCGCCUUUGAACCGACGGCAUUGGUCACUGGAUCUCAUCCAACUCCUGAUCUACACGCUACGGCCAAUGCUGUGAGAGGGGCCGUCCGACUUGCGAAUGCAGGAGCCGAAUGGAAACAGGACACGGAUCACGACGAUGAUGAAGACGAAGUUGCUCUCAACCAGAAGUAUUCUACGGAGGAGACGUUUAACCAUUUGACGUCUGUUCGAGACAGUCUCAUACUCAGUGGCGACAAGCUUUUUGGUUCAACACAAUCAGAGUCUCAUUUACAAACAAAUCCCUUGGUCACUCGAUCGCCAUCACCCAACAGGAAAGGCCGUGUUCAUUCAUCCUACGAAGACGAGGAGAGCGUGACUCCAGCAAGUCUCCUCGAUGAACUCAUCGUCACUCUUGGGGACGUUGUCCGCGAAGACUGCCGCUAUCAAGUGACGCGCUAUCGACCCAAGUGCCCUCCAAAUGCUCUGCAGGGUGUCGUUCUAGAGGUCGCCUCAGUGAUAGCAAGACUACAUAGAAACAAUCCAGAGGUUCUUUCCAAGCUGGGAUUUGCUAUCUUACCAGCCUUCUCCACAUUCUCACCUCGAAUGCAUGAGAGGAUCAUGCGCUUUUUCGAAGAGGAUCUGAUGAAUCAUAUGCUUUAUAUGUAUGAAAUAUCCAGAAGGUCUCAAGGGAGCGAAGAAGCUGAACCCCUUGCACAACAAUCGAGAAGUGGACAGGUUCCUGAGAUUCAAGUGGAGAGAGUGCUAGAAGACUCUCUGGCGGAUAGAGACCUUCCCUUCCAGCCUUGGAGCUCGAAUCGGAGCAAAGUCUCUGGCAUAGCAUGGUCUGCCCCAAGGCAAGCUUUGCAGAGCUACAACCUCGCAGCUCUGGUGUCCCCACUUUUUGCUGCUCUUUUCGAGGCCAUCCGUCUCAACUCAAGAGAUCUGACGACUCUUCAUCGAUUUCAUUCCAUCCUCAGGACAAUAAUUCGGCUGAAGAAAGACGCAUACGCCGACAUCGUUGAUGUCAUAGCGUUUGCGCCGUCGAGUAGUCGCCUCAUCGCUGUGGAGGCGCUGGCUACAUUCUGGCCAAAAGCGUUCGGCCACACAAUUUUCUCUCGCCCUCUAUCCGUACUCAGCUAUGAGUCUCAAAUAUCGACAUUUGUGCCGGUGGUCCAGCCAACAACUGGCCUAUCAGAACUCCAUGAGUUCCUCCUUUGGAGGUUCAAAGCCCCUAUCACUUCAAAUAGACAAGCAGCGCGUCCACAAGCAGGGCACGCGGCUAUUUGCAUCGUGUGCAAUAAAUCCAUUGUUGGACUAGGGCUGAUGUGCCCGUGUUGCAAUACAACGGUGCAUGCUCGAAGCUGCUACGAUCACAAUGGUGGUGUAGACAAGCUGAAGUACAUAUCAAAGGAGGAUAAGAGCCAGAAAUACGCCAUCAUUAGGUACUCUCAGUGCUCGCCAAAACGCCUUGAUGUGCCAUUAGAGGAGUUCUGUCAGGAUCGCCACCAAUUUCGGCCUGUUCAUCUCCUCUCGUUGGUCCUCUGCUUCAUCUGCAGGCGACCUUUAUGGGGAUGCUACAGUCAAGGGCUGCGCUGCUCCUCCUGUCUCCACUUUGCUCAUGGGCGAUGCAUCCAGAACGCUCGCAACUUCCCCAGCUGCCGAACCAUACCCUUUUCACAGAAACACGUCACCAUCGCUCACGAUGCUCUUAAGCGAUCGUGGGUUGAGCACUACGACUCACUGAUGUGGUCGGAGAUGGAACUCUUUGAUCGCUCUUAUGAAGAUGUUUCGACCGCCUAUGGAAUCUUCUGGAUGGAGUUGGAACUGCUCAAUGCAGGAAUCGCUGCUGGGACGAUUGUCAUAGAACACCCUACCGCAUACGCUCCUUCAAAUCGGGGGAAAGUAGACGAAUUCGAACUCCAUUACUAUGUGGCCCUAUACGGAGCACAGCUAUCGGGAUCCCGACUAGCCAGGUCGAACAGCACUCUCGAAUAUAUCGAAAAUUGUGGUCAAUUGGACUCUGAUAUCUCGCUAUUGCACGAUGUACCUCUACUUCUCAUGGCCGCGUCGUCCGUAAAGUUGCCUCAAUCCCAAGGUAGUGGAGACAAUCGACUCCUCCGAGUGGACACGGCCGAAGAGAAUCCACCGAGCGAGCUCGAACAUCCCUUCGAAUUUGUUUCAUUGGCUCAUAUCCGUGAUGCUCUAGGAUAUGACAUUAAUAUCCACUCCGAUACGACUGCUCGUUUCCUCUUAUCACAUAUGACUCGGUUGGGGCUCAUAUAUCGCUUGGACUCCACACCACUCGACAUUUUUACAAGAGAUGAUCUUCAUCCCUCAGAGAUCUACUCCUUUCCUAGCACACUGGCGAUUGAUGCUUCAACCUCUGUCGAGGCAUUAUUCGCUUCAAUUCAAGCCUGUCUGGAAGAUCUCGACGUCUCUAUCAAUGAAUUUGGACUUUCACUUCUUACACGUAGAUGUUGGCCAACUGGUAUGAUGACCGACUAUGCACUCGCGCGGCUUACGAACAUGGUCCUAUCGUGGGUCCUCAGCGAGGAAAAUCGCCUGCUUCUCGUGAUAAGAGAUUUUGGUUCACUAAGAGAGCAACUACCAGGGGUUCGCUCAGAGGGACAACGUCUUCCAUGGCCGGAGCCAAUCCCAUCCAAGUCGGGUUCAUCAGGAAGUGGAGCGAUUGAGUACACGUCAACACGACGCGCCCUCUUGUUACGUUACGCCAUGCCAUGGCUUCUUCAAGUCCACGAUCUCCAACGUCAACUCUACGCCCAAUGCCUUUAUCAGCAGUGUUUACAACUCGCGGACUCGUCGACGUCUGGCAUCUCACAGCUUCCAGAGCACGAUCACUCAGACGGAGAACUCUGUUCACAAGAGAUCAAGGUUGCGGACGAAACUCUCAAACUAAUCGUUAAAUUGUGUCAAACAGGCAUCGUGUGGACAACAUUCGACGAUUUAUUUGUCAAUUGGCUCGAUACCAUGUCUCGAUUGAGUCGCUUUGCCACACCUGUCGUUUUCAAAUACUUGCCUCGCUUGUUUAGUAGUGAGGACUUGUCAUAUCGGAGGUCCAUUGCCGACGACGGAAUGGAUGAAGACGUAGCACGGUACAUGAUGGAUCCUUGGAGAGUAAUUGUCGAUGCAGCAUCCGACGACACCGCUGGCCUAGAGCGUUGUCUCCAAUGGGUGCUCGUUCUAGCUAGGUCUGGUGUGGAAAUCCCAAACAAUACCCUGAUGCAGCUCGCUGCAUUUGCCAGAGAUUUCCAUGCCCCAUUUCUCACUCACUCGAUCCUCAUGGAGGCGCUCCUGUAUUCCGUUUGGGUCAAGUCUAUGGGCCGCUCGGACUUACUCGACAUGAUUUAUGCAGUAUUUAGUCGACAAUCCACCAAUCUCAGAAACGGCAUAGUCCUCAAGCAGCAUAUGGAAAUAAUGCACAAUUUCCUUCGGCACAGCUUGACAUCAUGCCUGCUGUUGUAUGGGUGUAGACGGGACACCAUACGAAGCUUAAAGUUACUCGACGAGUCACAAAUGAUUUCGCUGCCUCCUAGACGGCGAUCCAACAUUACAACCAAUCCUAUUUCAACGAACCCACUUGCCAUAGACAUGGAUAUGCUUGAGCUUCUUUGCUUCGCAGCAAUGGAGGGCACACCCGAAACAUGUCUCAUUGUCGCCAAAUUCCUCAAUGCUUUGAUAUCAGAACCCAAUCUUUUGGCAGCCAAUGAAGUGGACCAAUUCGUGCUGAUCAACGGUCAUACUUUAUUCAAAUGUGUCUGGCAUUUCUAUUCGCAGACUCAGAUACCGGAUCUCAGUAAUUUACGCAUCACGUUCAUUCUUCGACUAUUGGUCGUUGAUCCUCAGCCAUUUAUAAAUCUCUUGGACGAUCUUCUGAAGGACACUUCACCUUGGGAGCAACGGUUCGAGACCAUUACACGUCUCUUCAGAAUGAUUAUCGAUGUGAACACACCUGGCUUGGAUAUACCUGGUCGUCAAUGGCGCUUGAGCUUGGUGCCUGUCAUCACCUGUUUCUUCUCGCGAAUGUGGAAGGACGAUCGCAUUGAGGUGCGGUUGGCCUGUGACACGCUGAUGAAAACGCUGCUUCCAAGCCAUAUGGAUACUAUAUCUCUGUGCUUUGAAGAGUAUCUUGCUCAGGGAACGAUGAAGGAAAGGAUGGACCUCGUUAGCUUCCUCACUCGCCUUCACCCUCUACUUCCGUCAUGGCGUCUCAUCUCAUGGUCUGCUCUCGUUCAAUGUCUCGAGGACGAGGGCGAAGUCCAUCCAAAACAGAACACCCUGGAGACACCCCAAACCGAUAAGGGUAUUGAAGACCAAGAAGCUGUCACUUUCCGGGCUGCGAUGAUCAGUCUUGCACUUCAAAUGGUAUCUGAUGGCAUUAUUGCGGACCUGCAGUCACUACUCCGCGUUAAAUUCGCACUGGUUAAGCUCAUUGGCUUCGAUCGGUGUACUAUGGUCAGAACUCGUGCUAUAUCUCGUGUGGAUUUCGAAGGACUCGUCGGCCUUGUCUACGACCCGGUUGUACAGAGCUGCUUUCACGGUAUGAUGCGUGUUCUGGACACAUCGCACUCGUGCGAACUACCCCCUGCGUGUAUGACGGAUAAAGGGGACGAAACUACGGUUCAAACCACCCUCGGCGCGAUAUUUGUGGACGUCCUGGUCAAGACGGCGCUACAGAUCGACUUUCUCAAAGCGCCUUACAUGGUGGCACGCUCUUUAAUGACGUCGCUCGUCAUUGUUCUUACGAAGCAUGAUUUUACAAGUCCCUUCCUCAGUAGCUGGACUUCGUUUUUGUUCCGCGCAGUUUACUCGGUUAUGCAACUACUAGUCAAACCUGAUCUCAGCUUUGAUAUCAAGCAGAUGAUCUUCUCUGUUGGUCAAGCUGCGAUCAAGCAGCUUCAAGGGGACAAACGGGCUGCAUCCAUAUUCCGCGAGUACAUAUCGGUCACUACCGCAGUUAUCGUUGAGCACGGUGUCACAUCAGACCAUAUGCUCGCAGUCAGGGGUCGUCAGUUUUUUGACGACAUGCUCACGCAAUUCUCUGCUCAGCGAAUCUAUUGGGUGCUGUUUAAGUCACCGUGCUCGCCCGAAUUUUUCUCCGUUCUUGGACAAGUCUUACGCGAGCGUUCAAGGAUGUAUCCGGACUCCAAUGUCAAUCAAUCGGGAGAUAAUGAGCUACUUGCACAAGUGGAGCGAUAUUUGCGGGUCGCUGCGACCCGCUUUGACAUCGAACGCGAUGUCAUCUUGCAACUUCUUCAGAUCUCUAUUACAUCUUAUCGACGUCUCAGCAAGAUACCUGGUAAUCAGACCAUGGCAAACCACAUUCCAGGGGCCUUCGUAGACAUCGUAGAUAACGUCUUCAGGAACCGUAUCAAAUCACCGCCGGCGACAUUUGCCGCUUUCCUCGAAAUCAUUAGCUCAAGCAUGGCUAUGAAAGAAAACGUCUUUACAUCCGAAGGAAUCAUCACUAGCUCUUGGAAGGUCAUCAUGCAAGCUAUCAACAACGAUCACAGGAUGCUCGCAGUCAUGUCCGACAAGGAGUCCACGCUGCCACUCCGAGUGUGGAAUUUCCUUCUCCUCUCUGUGCUCAUAACAGAGUGGGAUGAGUGUGCCCUCCAUCUAUGGAACUCACUUGGACGAUUUUCCGGAGCGUAUACGGCAGCGACCCAGAGGCUGAUUAUGCCGCCUCAUAACAUCACGACUGAUACGGCAUCCAUCGAAAUCCACAACGCAGUGAUCGCACUUAAGCUCUGGCUUUUGCUUAUACAGCAGAUCUGCAAUAAGCAAGCGCUUAGUUCAGUACUGGGCCACUCUAGAGACCGCGAUGGAUGCGAAAAGGCUGUCUGGAACGAACUAUGGCCCCCUAUGGAGCAAAUCAUUGUCUUCUCCAUUCGCGUUGCCGAGUUGGAGGAGUUCCAGGCACCAAUCAUUAUCAUUUGGCAGUCAGUCAUCGAUAUUCUGCAACUUCUGCGACACUUGCGGAGCAGUCUUGCACUGCAGCCAUCGUUCAUUACCAUACUAGAUCAGAUCAAAAGCCUCAAACGGGGAGACGUGAUAUCAAACAAGAGCCUAUGA